CCGCCGCCGAUGGCUCAGGACAACGCCGCCUUCUGCGGGGUCCCCGAGGGGGUCCCCACGGGGGUCCCGCCGAGGCCAAGCCCCCUCCCCCGCCCCACCAGGCCCCCAAACGCCGCCCCUGGGGGGCCGGGGGGGGCUCGGCGGCCCGGAAGCGCCAGCGCUACGUGGAGAAGGACGGCAAGUGCAACGUGCAGCACGGCAAUGUGCGCGAGACCUACCGCUACCUGACCGACAUCUUCACCACCCUGGUGGACCUCAAGUGGCGCUUCAGCCUCCUCAUCUUCAUCCUGGCCUACGCCCUCACCUGGCUCUUCUUCGGCCUCAUCUGGUGGGUGAUCGCCUACAGCCGCGGCGACCUGGAGCACCUGGGCGACCACACCUGGACGCCGUGCGUCAACAACCUCAACGGCUUCGUGUCGGCCUUCCUCUUCUCCAUCGAGACCGAGACCACCAUCGGCUACGGCCACCGCGUCAUCACGGACACGUGCCCCGAGGGCAUCGUGCUGCUGCUGCUUCAGGCCAUCCUGGGCUCCAUGGUCAACGCCUUCAUGGUGGGCUGCAUGUUCGUCAAGAUCUCGCAGCCCAACAAGCGCGCCGAGACGCUGGUGUUCUCCUCGCACGCCGUGGUGUCGCUGCGCGACGACCGCCUGUGCCUGAUGUUCCGCGUGGGCGACCUGCGCGACUCGCACAUCGUGGAGGCCUCCAUCCGCGCCAAGCUCAUCCAGUCCAAGCAGACGCAGGAGGGGGAGUUCAUCCCGCUCGACCAGACCGACCUGAGCGUGGGCUUCGAGACGGGCGACGACCGGCUCUUCCUGGUGUCGCCGCUCAUCAUCAGCCACGAGAUCGACGAGCGCAGCCCCUUCUGGGACGUGUCGCGGGGGCAGCUGGAGAGGGACGACUUCGAGAUCGUCGUCAUCCUCGAGGGCAUGGUGGAGGCCACAGGGAUGACGUGCCAGGCGCGCAGCUCCUACCUGGCGGACGAGGUGCUCUGGG